UUAUUUCGCCGGGACGGCCCCAAGAAUAUCGUCUGCAUUACCAUUCAUUCAUUUUGCAGUCGUCAGGUUAAGGAUGGCGACGCUCUCUGGCACGUGCGUUACCUUGGUGAUCCUUUUGGCGGACUGUUCCUUAGGCGCCAAUCUAACUCCCAAUGGUAGAGUUGUGGAGGACCCUUCUCAGAAUGCUGCUCCUCCAAUGACACUGGGUACCAUUCGGACUCUUAACCUGGCCCACCCCCAAGGGGAGUCCGUUUGUGAUUGGAAUACCAGAAUUACGCAAUUCCUUUUGGAUGAAACCAAAGACAGACUCGAACUCAAGUUCAACCUGGAGAAAAAAAUCAAUGAGCUAUACGAACAAAUUGAACAAAUGAAAAGUCUCUUCGUGAAAGAAGAGGAAGAAAUAUCAGGCAACAUGUCGGCCAGGCUACAGGGAGCCAACACGGUUGAUGCCGUAGCAUUCUCAGCUCAGGUGGAAUCCCACUUGACCGGACUUACGAGGGACCAGACCAUAGUCUUCUCCUCCCCACGGACGAAUCUCGGCAACGCCUACAACUCGAAGACGGGCGUAUUCACAUGCCCAACAGCCGGGCUCUAUCUGUUCACGGCGACAGUUCUCAGCAACCUGGGGGACCGCAUAGAGACAGAGAUUAUGCUGCACAAAUCAGAAGGUGAUAUGAAACAGGAGAGCGUGGCAAAACUCUACUCCGGGGCCGCCAGUACCGAACGGUACGGCUCCGGCAGUAACACUGUAGUACUGGAACUGGCGAAAGGAGACACGGUGUGGCUAAGGGAAUAUAACGGUCUGGGCUCCUUCGUCUACCAGCAGUGGAGCAGCUUCUCUGGAGCGCUCAUCCAACGGCUUUAACUUGUCU